AUGGUUGACUCAAACAAGUCAAAUUCCAAAAAAGGGGUCCUUGAUAUAUGAGAUGAUUAUGAUCAGAACCACCCAGAAAAUGCUCAGCUUAGAGGCGAUGCAGAAUUCGAUGGCCCAGUGAAAGAUCGCAAAUGUACAGAUAUUUUUUACUUGAUCUUUUUUAUUUUGACAAAUUUCGGGCUUGUUUUUGUAUGUUACUUUAUUAUUCCUGAAGGAGAUUUGCAUAGGUUGACGCACGGGUUUGAUUUUCGUGCAGAAAUAUGUGGAUACGGUGGUUUAGCGGACCGUCCGUAUAUGUAUUGGCCAGAUCCUUAUAAUCUUGAUUUUUCUUUGUGUGUUCAGAGAUGCCCUGAGUAUUAUAUUACUGAUUAUAUAUGUUUAUAUGACACUGAUCACAAAACCCUACUACUUGACUGGGGAUGUUGGGAUACAGUGGUUACAACUUAUUAUGGGUAUUAUUGCGUUCCUGUUACAGAUCAAGCAAGGCGAAAAGUGAUGGAUUAUUUAUACCAGCCCAUGAUUCUAGUGAAAAGAAGUGUAGGUGAUCUAGCGCUUGCAUGAGAUACAGUCGUAAUGGGAUUGAUACUUUCGAUUGGAAUUGGCCUCAUAUAUUUAGUUUGCUUUAGAAUUCCCUGUAAUUUUUAUAUAGAUGUGAUGCACGCGCUUAUGAUUGUAAGUAUUUUUACUCCAGAAUUGCUAUUCUUAUAUUUUAUUUAUCUAUUCCGUGAAGCUCAACUCAGCACUCACCAGCAAUUAUGUGGAGAAUCCGAUGCAGGGGCAGAACCUGAAUAUUGCUAUGAGGCUCCUUCUCAGGGUUUUUAUUACCUUAUGUUCGUUGCAUUAGGAUUUGCAAUUGCAUAUGCUGUUUGAAUAAUCAUGAAAUGAAGACUUUUGAAACUUGGAGUAAGCAUCAUUAUGCUUUCAUGCAGACCUCUGCACACUCUAAAGCAGUUUUUCUUAUACCCAUUUAUGCUUAUGCUAUCAGGGAUUGGUAUUAUUGGCUUAUUAACUCUAUUGGUCUUAUAUACAAUGAGUACAGGUACAGAAACUACAGUUAAAGCUUCUGAAAUACCUGGAGGAUAUUCCAAAAAAAUAGAGGACUACGAAACAGAAAAAUAUAUGAUGAUUUAUAAUGUAUUUAUCACCUUAUGGUGGCUUGUAUAUUUGAUAGCUUUUGGGGAGUUUGUAUUAUCUUCAUCGGUCGCAGUUUGGUAUUUUACUAGAGAAAGGUCGUCAUUGUAUUACCCAUUGUGGAAAGGCUUCAAGUCAAUUCUUAGAUAUCAUUUAGGCUCUACAGUCAGAGGAUCUCUUUUUAAUUCAGUUUUGGCAAUACCGAAUAAAAUAAUGACAAGCUAUACAAGAAUGCUUUAUAAGCUGAAAAAGAACCACAAUGGGCUAGCUAAUUGCUUAGGAAAAUGUUGUGCUUGCUUAGCAUGUCACCAAAAAUACUUGAGGUUUUUCACUGAUUAUGCAUUUAUAUUUUUAGCCCUCUUUGGACAUCCGUUUUUUGAAUGCGCUAAAAAAUCUUACUGCCCCAUCCGUAAGCGAAUAAAAAGAUUUUGUUCGCUCAUGGUUUAUUUUCUUUCAAAAUUUUAAAAAUUCUCAAUUCAUAAUAAUUUUAAAUAAAAAUUAAUUUUAAUUUGUUAAAUUUAUGUUCUAAAAUGCAAGCUGUUUAAAAAUAAACAGAAUUAGCUAGAGAUUUUAUUAUAUUAUCAAUUAUAUAUCAAAAUCGUUUUAAGAAACAAAAUUUAUAUUAAAAAAAAUUUUGGUUCGCUUUCAGAGGGUGGGUUUUUGCCCAAAAAAUAAGGAUUUUUACAAAGAUUUUAUUCACUCACAUAGGGCGAAGUCACUAUUUACUAAAAAGGAACAAACAAAGAGUUAAUUUACCUUCAAAAGCAGGACAAUUCGUUAUUUUUAUUAUGAAAGCUACGAUUUGCUUAUCAGGGACUGCAUUAACGUACUCUUUGCUGCUCUUGCAACCUUAUACUCCACGUGGCCAAGAUACAGACUUACUAGUGGCUCCUUCUUGGCUUGCAUUUUAUUCUUUAAUUGUUGGCUGGUUCACAGCUCAAGUAUUUGGUGGUUCCAUGGCUGCAUGCAUGAAUACUGUUGUAUUAUGUGGUGCGUGCGAUGAAGAAAUGUUUACCCGUGAACAGCGUUUUAUGGAUCAUCAGUUGCAAGCAUUUUUAGAUAGCGUUUUUGAAGAGCAGACUGAACAACAGCGAGAAUCAAAAGAAAGAGCUGUAAUGCAGAAUCCGAAAAAAGUGUAUCAAAAAGCAAGCUUGCUUGAAAAUAUGGAUGAAGAAGGAGCUAUUUUAUUGAAACCAAUAAAAAAUAAUUAUACAGGAAGCCAAAAAGGAUCAGAUACUUUAAUGGGCGAUGAGACUGUAAUAGCUGCCCAAAGGCCAAAUGUGGCUUAUAAUAAUAAUGAUCAAAGCAAUUUCCAUUGGAUGGAGGAAGAUACUGCUGAAGAUAAAAGGCCGCAAUUCAGUAGAUAA